UUUGGGGUGGUGCUGUGUGGAACCCGGAGUUGGUCUCAAUGAUCCCUACAGGUGUCUUCCAACUCAGGAUGUUCUGUGAUUCUGUUGUGCUGGAAAUGCCUGUAGUGUAAGAGAAUUAACUUCCUUUAUCUGUCAAAAAACAGCGUAGUGUAUGGCUGUUACUGUGCAGUACUUCUAUCUGUAAACUCUGUUCUUGCCAUGUGCAGACAUAGGUGAAACCCUGAUGGAAACCACCUUUAUCUGUCUGCAGGUAGUUACCUGGAUGUGUGAGUGCGAGUUCAGGAGGGAACAACCGAUUUCCUGUCGGUGAGGCGCAAGUUGGUCACAAUACGCUCCAUCUUUAUCUUUCUCGUUUUGUUAAGGAAACACGAGAGUUUUCGCUCAGAGAAGCACGUUCCACCCGCAGCAGCGCUGCCGUUCCGCCCCGUGAGGCCCAGCCCCGCCCGGCGCUACCUGCGGGGCAGCGGCAGGAAGGGGGCGGUGCGCGGCGGGGCGGUGGAGUGCGGCGGUUCCGGGCACGUCUGCGGUCGACGCGCGUUCCUCGUGCUGCGACCCGAUGGCCGCUCCGCAGGGCCCGCUGCCCCCAGGAUGUAUAUUAAUCAAGAAGGUUGCAAAACCACUGAUUUGCAGUUAUUGUGUUUGUGAGAUCUAGAAGAUCAUGCAACAAAAGAGCCAGUGGAGGAUACAGAUCCCAGCACCCUUUCCUUAACAAUGACUGAAAAAUAUCCUGUCCAAGACACAGGGGUGCCUAAAGAUGAGGAAUACCGAACAGAUCAAGUUACGCUGGAAAUUGCAUCUGUGAACAUCAGGAGUCUUGCAUCAGAUUCUGGCCUAGUCCAGCAGCCAGAAGACAAAGACACUGAAAACCAUACUGACAAAUCGCUUUCAGAUCUCAAGAAAACCUGCAAAGAAAACAGCACCUGCUCCUUGUGCUUAUUCCGUGCACCGACCAUCAGUGACAUGCUCAAUGACGAGGACUUGUUGUACACAGUGAGGCUAAAGCUGGAUCCCUGCCACCCAACAGUGAAAAACUGGAGAAAUUUAGCAAGCAAGUGGGGGAUGACUUACGAUGAAUUGUGUUUCCUCGAACAGAAGCCCCAGAGUCCCACCUUGGAAUUUUUGCUACGAAAUAGUGACAGGACUGUGGAGCAGCUGAUUGAGCUCUGUAAAUUUUAUAAGAGAAUUGAUGUUGUGAAAGUGCUACUGAAGUGGGUGGAGGAGGAAUGGCCCAAGAGAGGAAACAGAAGUUACCAGAAUGAUUUGUAGGUCAAAGAAAGUGGUUAGUUCCGACCUGUUAAAUGUUGGGACUAGCUGCAAUAGUAGGUGAGAAGUUUCUCUUGUGACAGAGAGUACUGGCAGUCUGUAUACUGUGUAAGCUUUUGUACUGUACACACAUAUAUAUGGUCUGUGCCCUCAGGGUUGUAAAGAUAACCUUUCAAAAGUGGAUAGAAUAAUGCAGGUUGUGUUUUUGAGUCUACAGACACUGUUAUUUUCUUUGCUGCUGUUUGUAGGCUUCCUAAGCAGAAGAAGAAUGAAAAAGCCAGACCAGUGGUGUAAUUGCAACAGUUAUGAGCCAUGUCAGUCAAUUGUGUGUUGUUGCUGCUGGGAAAGCUGCAGUUAGAAGGCAAGUCUUGUAGCUUUUCUGACAGCCUUUCCACAGUUUUUAUGUUCUGCCUGCUAGAAGACAAGAGGAUAAAAAUAUUUUUUUCUUUCUUAUUUUUAAGCUUUAUGACACUGGAUUUGGAGCAGAUGCAACUUGAUUGUCCAAGAAGCAGCUUGGAUUUGCAUGUUUGAAUUAGUUGAAUCUUUGAACAUCACAUUCAGGCAAAAUUAAGUUCUGAGCCUCUUUCUGCAAACAGAACUAGAUGUUAAAAUAAUUGCAUGUUUCUACGUCAUAGGGCAUAUUUUUCCUAUGCAGAAACCAUCCAAUUCAGUGAUACUUUCCAGCCCAUGAAUCCCCUUCCCUCAAACUAAUGCAGAAAACCCCACUACUAUCAAAGCGCUUUACAGUUAAAAUUAGUUUCCAUAGUUUUGAAUAAGCUGUUCGCUCUGAACAGUGUUCUUUGGUAGUUUGCUCGAAUGCCUCUCAUUUUACAGUGUGAGGUGACAGUGAACAUCUUAACCGCAGUGUAUCCUUAGUAUCAAGCAUAACUUCCUUGUUCAUAAGCUGUGGUUUUCUUCUCAGCCUUCCCGUUGUCUGACCUGCUUCCUGUCCUAUUCCAAAGUGGUUUUACACUUGUAUGAAAGUAGCACAACUUUAUGUAUUGAUUAAAGACGCUCUAAUGGGAAGUCCACAGGUGGAUUCGCCUACAGGUCUGAGUGGAUGGUCAUGAAAGCACUUCUGCUGGCUUAGGCUGAUACAUAUCAAAGACUGUUGAUAUACUGAAUUACACUGUUUACACUGAAGAUAUUUCUAGAUAUUUUUUUUUUAUCAUUCUUUGGUAUUGUAAUGGUUUAAAAACAAACCUGAAAACUGGAAAAUCAUUUGUUUGAUAGGCUGAUAUAUUUGAUAGUAUUUGUUGCUCUAAUGCCACAUACAUGCAUCAGUGUUGUGACUUAAAAAUAUUUCUAGUUGUCACCCUUACUAAAACAUCUCAGUUGAUACUAAUAUGUACAUAUAUGUAUAUAAUGUAGCAGUGGUGAACAGUAUGUCAAGAUGCUGGGCAAAACUAGAGUGGGGUGCAGACUAAUGUAUUGUUCACUUCGCUCAAGUAGGAAUGACUAAUUAAUGGCACAGCUGAGGGAAGUCUGUCACGUUGCAUUCUGAGUUUCUUAAUGUAAGAGAAUGAAAAGGGACAUCUAGUAAUAAUAUAGGUACUGGCACAAAUGGUUACUGAGGAAUUAAUUGUAAAGUUAAAACUUUUGAAUUCAAGCACUCAUUCUGGGGAUGUUCUAAAUUAGUUUUACUGCAGUGUCCUCAAGAAACUGAAGAUCUAGUUUUGAGGUAAAAAGAGUGACCUACAGUUGAUAUUUGAAUUUUUAUUUUUUUUAAAGCUUGUGGAAGACUGGAAUUUUGACAACUGUUUAUAUGUAGUUUUUAAUCGUUCCCUCAGAAAAGCUGCUAUUUUUCAGAACAGUAUGUUUUUCAGCCAUAUUUUAAAGUGGAUCUUUAAAAUAUGUAAAGCAGUAAAUCUUGCUCUAUCUUGCAGGGGCUGCAGUUGAAAUGCCUCACUUUUGUUGUCUUCAGAUGGAGUCUUUUGAUAGAUGUGUGAACUCUUGCAGCUCAUCUUCUGUCUUUAGUUAGGGGUUCUGGAAUCAGCUUUGAGGAUUGCUGCUGUGUCUAGGCUGUCUGCUAGUUUCAGUUCAUACAGGAGCAUCCACUGUGUGCAUGCAAACAGCCCAUAUGCAGCUUGUCCGACGUAAUCCCUGUACCUCAGGCUCACCACAUGCAUGAUUUGUGAUCAUGUGUCUGUGUCUUAAGUUGUUCUUAUGAGCAAUGAGGGCUGGCAUGUCUACCGACAGCUUUUCUCUCCUGUAACCUAGUAGAGUUAUAUGCAUGUGGUAGUGCAGUAAGCUUUGUUGCGGGGGAAGUCUGUUAAGGAAUCUAGCUGGAGCCCUUGUGUGAUGGCUCACAAAUGGGAACGCACAUUGAUGCAGUGUCAUUUCUGAAUCAGGAAGUCCAAUUGAAACCUUAUCCUUUUCCUAUUUUGUGGCUAUAAUUUGUAAGCUUUUGAACAAACGCUGUUGUCUAGUGGAAGCUAGUUCUGAUCCCCUGAAACUCUUGAAAAAUCAGUGUCAGCUGCAAAGGUUCAUACUGGAAAAUAAAGCCGCUUUUGAGAGUUUAUAUGUGGGUUCUGUGUGAGUUCCGCACUGAAGGCUGAAAAUGUUAGCCUUAAACUUUAUCACACACUGGAUAACUCAUUUGUAUACUUGAAGUAUUUUUCAUCUUUGUAUGGCAUGAAUUUAGGUGUAUGCAGUUUUUCUAGUUUUGUAUCUAUUUACAAGAUACUGGGUCUGAGUGUUCACUUUAAGCAUUUUUAUAUCCUCUGUCAUAAUGUGUACUAUAUUUAGAAAAAUUAUAGUUUAUCAGUGUUUAA